AGAAUCAAUAAUGUCGGCACUAAACUGGAAGCCCUUUAUCUAUGGAGGUUUAGCGUCAAUCACUGCAGAAUGUGGUACUUUCCCCAUUGACCUGACCAAAACACGGCUACAGGUUCAAGGUCAAGUUAAUGAUGCCAAAUAUAAAGAGAUCCGUUACCGUGGAAUGGUGCAUGCACUAGUCAGAAUAUGCAGAGAAGAAGGAUUGAAAGCCUUGUACUCUGGGAUUGCACCUGCAAUGCUACGCCAAGCUUCGUAUGGAACUAUAAAAAUAGGCACUUACCAGAGCUUAAAAAGAAUGUUUGUUGAGCGUCCAGAAGAUGAAACCCUGAUGAUAAAUGUUCUGUGUGGCAUUCUUUCGGGAGUGAUUUCAUCAUCUAUUGCCAACCCUACAGAUGUCUUAAAGAUCAGAAUGCAAGCCCAAGGUAGUGUGAUUCAAGGAGGAAUGAUGGGCAACUUCAUACAGAUCUACCAAAAGGAAGGCACUAGAGGAUUAUGGAAGGGAGUAUCACUGACAGCACAGAGAGCUGCUAUUGUUGUUGGAGUGGAAUUGCCGGUGUACGACCUAACCAAGAAGCACAUAAUUAUGUCUGGAUUUAUGGGAGAUACAGUAUAUACUCACUUCCUCUCAAGUUUUACUUGUGGGUUGGCUGGAGCCCUUGCAUCCAACCCGAUUGAUGUUGUGAGAACACGCAUGAUGAAUCAGAGAAGCCAAAAACAUGGGGGACACUCAAACUACAAGGGUACUUUGGAUUGCUUGUUACAAACAUGGAAGAAUGAAGGAUUUUUUGCUCUAUAUAAAGGGUUUUGGCCAAACUGGUUAAGACUUGGUCCUUGGAAUAUCAUUUUCUUUCUGACAUACGAACAGCUGAAGAAAUUAGACUUCUGACAUGCCGAACUGUGUACGGAAUUCUGUUGAUGUACUGUUUGAGUUCAGAGCAACUUGUAAGUUGUCUUGAGUGUUUGCUCUUUAUUGUCAAGAGAUGCUGGCCAAAGUGAGAGGCUGCUACAAGACUGUUGCGAACGAGAACAUCCUGGAAGUGAGUUCAAGGCAAACUGGCUCCCACAAUGAUGCCUUGAUUGCGUGAUUCAAGGGAUGAUGUGCACUAUUUUCUAGACUGCUCCAAACAUGGUGGAAUACCUUCUGUCAACUGCUUAAGUGUUCUUGAAUCUCAAGAGCUGUAAUGUGACUCUAUGCUGCCAAGACUCAGAUGCACAGUCGUUUGUGAGAGGCAAGGAACAACCUUUCUGUGAAGGAAGAUAGGUGGUACCAAGGAGCCAGGCCCUUCCUCUUUUUGGAAGUGAAUACAAUUUGACUGUAAAUAUUUAUCGUUUCUAAUUAACUGGAAGAGUCACAAGGCUUUUAGUUCAGCAAAAUACCUGCUGCAGUACAAAAUCUGCUUCUGGUUUUAGAGCUUUCCUGUGUUCUACAUCCUUGGAUGUCUGCAUAAUCUGCUGAGAAUAAUCCAGCUUCAUUUGAAAGCAUGGUUGCUGCAGUUGUCAGUUCUGCAUAGCUUGAGGAAGGUUGGUUGUGGGGUUUUUCUUUGGUUGGUUUUUUUUUUUUCUUCCCCCAAUGUACUGUUCUUGAUUUUCAGCAUAAGUGAUUCUUCAGCAUACUCAUACGUAAAUUGCAAGUAGGAAUGAAGUUCAAACAACUCCAUGCUCACCUGUCAAUCUUGCAGAGAAACUCUCCAUGCUGCUUCCAUUGUUGGGAAUAACUAUUUGUAGCGGUUACUGGCUGUUACGUUAUCACCUGAAAGAUGCAAGUUUUACUCUGAGCAGUUCCGACUGUGUCAUGUAGGUGCCUACGUGAAAAGAACCACCCCUCCCCCCAAGGUAAAUCUAUAAAAAAACCUGCUUUCCUUGUUUAAAAAGGCGCCCAAACCCAGAACUACCGAGCACUUUCAUAUAGCCAACGGGCCCAAGCUGCUGUUACCUGCAAGUAAACCAGUAACAGCUUCCUUAAAGUGUUACCUGUGGGCUUAAACGCGUGAUCAAAACUUCAGGGCCAUUAACUAAACAGUUACGUCAAGGUUCUUGCAAAUUGUUGCUGCUGAAUUCCAGGAAAGGAAAGGUGUGACGCGCACGCAGUUCUUCCGUGCUCUCGGAGGGUAGCAAAGCCGUCUGCGCAGCUUUGGACUGUCACGGCGUUCUGUUCAUCUCUUGAGUGUUUUUGGUUAGUCAUACAUUCCAUGUG